UCGGCCGCCGCGCCUUUGCUCCGGCCGGGCAGGUCCGGCGGCCUCUACACCCUCCGGCCAAGCCGUCUUCACCUCGAUCUCGUACAGCGGCGGCUGCUGCCCUGAGGAUUUCCCACCUUGGUUGCUUAAGAAGGAUGUGAUUUUUUUCUUUCUAUUCUUUUUCCAUUUAUGAUUUGAAAAAGAGAAAAGAACACACAGCCAGCUGGGACAGCGAAGCGCCACCGUCUGCCCCCACGUGGACACCUCCAAGGAGAAAGGGAGUUGGAAACUAACUUGGUCCAGCUGGCCUUGAGGCCUCGACUACGGCUGGACUCCAGGGCGUGGGGUCAUGACUCGGACUCUGGGCAGGUGGAAGGCUUUACCUGUCCUCGGCUGGACUUGAGCCCCUGUUCUCGCCAGCAUUAACCCCUCUGAUCCCUCCAAAAACACACGUACCCACACUCCCAGCACCGGCCUGCGUUAUGGAUAAGUACGACGACCUGGGCCUGGAGGCCAGUAAAUUCAUCGAGGACCUGAACAUGUAUGAGGCCUCUAAGGAUGGACUCUUCCGAGUGGACAAGGGUGCAGGCAACAACCCUGAGUUCGAGGAAACACGCAGGGUGUUUGCCACCAAGAUGGCCAAAAUCCACCUCCAGCAGCAGCAGCAGCAGCUCCUGCAGGAGGAGACCCUGCCCAGGGGAAGCCGAAGCCCUGUCAAUGGUGGGAGCCGCCCAGGCCCCCAGGCCCCCCGGGAAGCUGGUGCCGGCAGCAAGCUGACCAUGGACGGUGCUGCCAAGCCCCCUCUGGCUGCCUCAACAGUAACUCCUGGGAUGGCCACCACCAUGGCUGCUGGGCAGCCCCUAUACGUACCGCAGGAGCAGAGGGCCAGGCCGUAUGUCCGUGGCACAAGGCCUGGCAGUCAGGACUGUGGUUCCAAGGAGAACCUGGUGGUUUCUGAGAUGUCUGCUCUCCAUCGGCCAGGGCCCUGUGAGGAUCCUUCCUGCCUCACCCACGGAGACUAUUAUGACAAUCUCUCCUUGGCAAGCCCAAAAUGGGGUGAAGAGCUGGGAGUGUCCUCCAGCACGAGGCUGGGUGUAGGGAGUGGGUGGCUUGGCCCCCCAGGAAGUGAUCCGGCACCAUCCAGACCCUCCAGGGACCAUCACCUGUACCAGCCACAGCUCUCCCCGAGCUCCAGCAGGCCGUUUGAGAGUGGCCAGGAUGGUGGUGUCGAUGGUCGCAGCAGUGAGAAGCCAGCGGGCCUUUGGACCACGGCGUCCUCCCAGCGGGUGAGCCCUGGCCUUCCUUCCCCAGGUCCGGAAAACGGGGCCCUCCUGGGGCCCGCUCAGCCCAGGACCCCUUCUUUCUCAGCACCUCUGGCCCUGGGCUGCCCCAGUCAAGGAGCAGUUCCAAGAACAAACUCGGGGUCGGGGAACGAGGUGUCAGGCAUGAUGCCCAAACCAAACGUGGACCCUCAACCCUGGUUCCAGGAUGGGCCCAAAUCUUACCUUUCUAGUUCUGGCCCAUCAUCCUUGCCAGCCAGCAUGGACAGUUUGCAUUUGGGUCCGGCCCCUGGGCUGGGACCCAAGCCUGGCUGUGCAGACCCUGGCAUUGGUCUCAAGCUCAGCCCCACCAGCCAUGUCCAUCCAGUGAUGUCCACCCUGCCUGAGUUACCUUGUAAAGAAGGUCCCCCUGACUGGUCUCCUGAUGGCAGCCUGGGGCCUGUGCUUCCGGAGAGCCCCAGCCACAGAGUGAGGCUUCCCUGCCAGACCCUCAUCCCAGGCCCUGAGCUUGGGCCCUCCGCUGCUGAAUUGAAAUUAGAAGCCCUCACCCAGCGUCUGGAGCGUGAGAUGGAUGCUCACCCGAAGGCCGACUACUUCGGAGCCUGUGUGAAGUGCAGCAAAGGGGUGUUUGGGGCCGGCCAGGCCUGCCAGGCCAUGGGGAACCUCUACCACGACGCCUGCUUCACCUGUGCGGCCUGCAGCCGGAAGCUGAGAGGAAAAGCCUUUUAUUUUGUCAACGGCAAAGUGUUUUGUGAGGAAGACUUCCUGUACUCCGGCUUCCAGCAGUCUGCUGACAGGUGUUUCCUCUGUGGCCAUCUGAUCAUGGACAUGAUCCUGCAGGCCCUGGGGAAGUCCUACCACCCCGGAUGUUUCCGCUGUGUCAUCUGUAACGAGUGUUUGGACGGAGUGCCCUUCACCGUGGACUCGGAGAAUAGGAUUUACUGCGUCCGAGAUUACCACAAGGUGUUGGCCCCCAAGUGUGCAGCCUGUGGGCUUCCCAUCCUUCCACCCGAGGGCUCAGAUGAGACCGUCCGCGUCGUGUCCAUGGACAGAGACUACCACGUGGAGUGCUACCACUGCGAGGACUGUGGUCUGGAGCUGAAUGACGAAGACGGCCACCGCUGCUACCCGCUGGAGGACCACCUGUUCUGUCACUCCUGCCACGUCCAGAGGCUGGACAAAGACCCCUCAGCCCCGGCGCUUCACCAGCACUUCUAGCCGGAGCCUCUUACCGACUCGGGGCGGGGGGACGAGAGGCCAGGGGGGCACAGUGAGCAAUCCGCCUGUAGUCCCAGUGGCCCCUGGGGUAGAACUGGGGUGGGGAGUGCCUGCGCCUGUAUGGGGGUGCCUCUCCUUUCACCACCGAGGUGAACCCUGCUCGUCAGGUUGUGUAUUUUCCGGGUGCCUUUCUCCACCGCCAUGCCCUUAUCACAUUACUCAGGAAGACCCGCCAGCAAGCGGGCGGCAUGUAACAUCACAUCAGUGCCACCGAAUGACCCGGCCUGUCCCCUCUGGGAACAGCCCACUUCAGAGGGAAAAGGUUUGCACUGAACGCAUUUCACAUUGUCCUCUGAAGAGAGAUUUCAGCUGCCGAUGUGUUCGGCCCUGUCCCUCCCUCCAGAAAAUUACCUGCACUCAACGUCCCACCACACACACACACACACACACACACGCAUGCACGCACACACACACGCACACACGCACGCACGCACACACAUGCACGCACACACACCAUGAUUUAAGGCUUUCUUCGUCCCCAGAGCUUCAGUUCUUCUGUAGAAUGGCUGCGAAUUUUAAUUGCCUUGUGGCAAGAGAGAAGCUCUUAACAUGUGCUUUGUAUCUUAGGGAGAGUUUUCUUGGUAAAGCGGAGCCACGCGUUGGAAUAAAGUGAGACAGGGCGUCCUCCUUCUACACCGACAGCAUUCUGUCCCCCCACAAAUCUCCACUCCCUUCCAGGCAGCUGGGGGCCUGACGGGGAUCGUCCUGUUCUAGCAGGGUGUGCUUUGGGGCAAGAGCUUGGUGCAGGCGCCAGGCCCCUUGCCCCCCGUUUGCCCUUUUUCCCUCCACGGCCCUCGAGAGUCUGCGACUUGGGAGUUGCUCCCGUGAAGGCAGGUCUCAGGACCCCACGUGCGGUCAUCUGCUCGUGCCCGUUCAGCUUCUCUAAUGAUGGGCUUUUGGAAGGCCCGCCUGCGUCCUGAGAGCUAGCCCCUCAUAAACAAGAGGUGUUUGCGUGUGUGUGAGACCCCAAAGCCAGCAUGGAGGGCAUGCCUGAGAAUAAGUUAUUAUAUUCGUUUCAUAGGUUUCUCUCUUGCCCAGUUCUUGGCAUAGGCAAGACAUUUGAAGAAACCAGUAUAAGGUACACUGCUUUUGUCUGUUUUUUUUUUUUUCUUUUUUAAUUGUUUCCCUCCACUUCCAGUCUUCCACACACAAAAAAUACCUCACAGAUAAGAGCUUCACCAAAUCUCAGAGAAAGAAGGAAUUUGGCCCUCGCAGUGGACUCGGACACCUUCUUCGGUGCGUUAGGGACCUCUGGCUUCCUUCGGGCCGUGUACUCCAGCAGGUCAGGGCACUGCAACCCUAACCAAAUUGGGUCAGCUGGGAAUAGAGCCGAUUGAAAUUGGGUGCUACAGCCUUUCGCAUUUCAUCACACUGGCUCCCCGGGGUAGCAAGGGCGGAGGGAGGGCCACACACUGGCAAGAUUUCAAGGUCACCUCUGCAGUGAAGAGGCAGAAUUGGCCCCGCAUGUCACAGGACGUCAGUUCCCCUUGGGAUUUCAGUUCUGCUCCCCGUCUCCUUACCUCACACCUCGAGCCAGGGGCCUGGGGGGCUGGGGCCGUGGAGGGCUGUUGGCAGAACCCGAAGGCGCCAGGGGGGCCCGGUUCCACUUCUAGGCCAUGUGUUGACUCCUUCGGAAGUGGUUGCCUGUACGAAGCACGGGAUUGGCGCUGUGGAUCGUUUCACAAUUUUAUUCGUGUCAUUCUGCUGGGAUCCUCAGGCCAGAUGUCACUUCAGCCCAGGCCGCAUGCUUUCGUCGGUUUCUUUUCACGAUCUGAGCCUCCUGAAAACCUGUGAUUGCGCAGGGCUGGGGACCUGACCCCUGGGGUCACGUUACUCUCUUCCCAUCAAGUCCUCCAGUUCAGCUGGGGCAAGGUCGCUGGGCAGCUGAAGCCAGCCGAUAUGUCUCACCCUGUCUUGGCCAGCCCAGGAACGUGCUGGCAUUUGCAGACUCACCUUUGCUCCACUGUCAAGGCCAGCAGAGUGAAGAAAGUUGUCUUGGAGCCACUGUCAAAAGCAGCAAUGACUUGUUUGCAAAUUGGGUAACUAAUAGUUAAAUCUGUGAUUCAUUUUUUUUUUUAAAUGAAAAUUUAGAAACAGCCUUGAUCGAGAUGAUUCAGAUCUCGCUGUAAAUGUGGCAUUUUAUGUUGUCGAAGAAGAAUAAGAGAAUUUCCAGAAGUCUUAAAAAUCUGGGCGGCAGUUUCUCGUGUCAUCAGCGUCCCUGGAGAGGGCGCCGGGCAGGACUCUCGCUGCGUUUCUGUUCCCCUCCUGCUCAGGCCCUCGCCAUGGAGAGACAUUCACCUGCCUGGAUUUAAACCUUCUGUAAGUUGUUAGCCAAAUAGAACUAUAACGGGCUUGUGUUUAUAGGCACCUAGAAAGAAAGCACAAGCGCCUGGAAGGCCAGGGCGAAUAAGUUCGUUGUGAACGUCGGAGCAAACAGCCCUUCCUGAGUGCCCUAGACACCUCUUGGACUUUAGAUAAGCGAGAAUUACGGCCUGGUUCCAGACCCAAAGCCAGCCUCCAGCCUUCUCCCUUGGCUCAUUUUGCCCCUUUAGUUUUUGCGUGACUCACCCCACCUCCCACCCCGACCCCACCUCAGGAACUGCCUGGGUGGUCUGAGGGGAGCCAGUAACCCCGUGUGGCCUGCUGUUUCAGGAUUCUCUGUCUCUCUGAUAUGGUUCCCCCAUCCGUCGCUGACUAGAUAGAGAGUGACGUGUCCAUCUCUCACCACGGAAGGGCAUCCUGCCCGUGUCAUGACCCGUCCCCAGUGCAAGACUUUCAUUGCUCUGUAGUUAGUGCUGGAGUGAAACCUCUUUCAGCUGAGUCCUGAGGUCAUGCCAUUGAGUCCUGGGUGGCUGAUGGAACUGUCACGGAGUUCUGAUCACCAUCGAGCGCUGCCGUCACCUUGUCUCCACGGGCUCGAGUCACGUACAAAGGGAAGACAGAACUGCUAGGACCUGAGAGAUUUGGCAUUCACCGUCCUUUGCAGGCUGUCUCUGUGUGCCACUUCCCGUGUGUGUGCAAGCGCGAGCUGUGACAGCUGCUGGUACUCUUGCAAAGCAUACGUGCAAGACGACUUCACGCCAUCGAUGCUUGAUGCACUUGUUAAUAAAACCCUGUCUGCCAGCAAACCAAAUUCUUUGUACUCUCCUUUGUGCCAGAAACAGCCCUAAUUUCCCAGUUACUAUUUGAAGUAACUUUUUAAAAGUAAUAGGAAAGAAAAUAAAACACGAGUGACAUAUGUUAGCUCUCUGUCAUUCUGAGCCAGAACUGGACAGAUGUGGGACAUUUCCAUGGAGUGUAUGAAAAUGUCAGCCGUGUGGGGAGGUGGAAAUUACUUUCCUCUGUGUCUCUUCUACUAGAAAAUUAUUCAAAAAUUUAUUGUUACUAUAAAAUUAUGCAAAAUAUCGUUACUAUAAAAUUAUUUGAAAUUUUACUGUUAUAAAAUGAUUCAAACUAUCAUGAUAAUAAAACUGCAUCAAUUUCUCCAACACUA